AUGACUGCUGUGUUUGUGAAUGGAGGCGGCCUGGUGAAUCCCCACUGUGCCAGAUGGGGUCGGCGGGAGAGCGAGGAGAGUGGCUGUCAGACGGAGUUGGCCAAGGAGGAUGAAGAGGGAGAGCCUCACCAGCUGACGCCCUUUGAGAAGCUGACCCAGGACAUGUCCCAGGAUGAGAAGGUGGUGAGGGAGAUCACUCUGGGCAAGCGGAUCGGCUUCUAUCGCAUCCGAGGGGAGAUCGGAAGUGGGAACUUCUCCCAAGUCAAGCUGGGGAUUCACUCCCUAACCAAAGAAAAGGUGGCCAUCAAGAUCCUGGAUAAGACCAAGUUAGACCAGAAAACCCAAAGGCUACUAUCCCGCGAAAUCUCCAGCAUGGAAAAACUGCACCAUCCCAACAUCAUCCGCCUUUAUGAGGUCGUGGAGACUCUAUCCAAGCUCCACCUGGUGAUGGAGUAUGCAGGGGGAGGGGAGCUCUUUGGGAAGAUCAGCACGGAAGGGAAGUUCUCAGAACCAGAAAGCAAGCUCAUCUUCUCCCAGAUUGUGUCUGCCGUGAAGCAUAUGCAUGAAAACCAAAUUAUUCACAGAGAUCUGAAAGCAGAAAAUGUGUUCUAUACCAAUAAUACUUGUGUGAAGGUGGGCGACUUUGGAUUCAGCACAGUCAGUAAAAAAGGUGAAAUGCUGAACACUUUCUGUGGGUCUCCACCCUACGCGGCGCCUGAACUUUUUCGAGAUGAGCACUACGUUGGCGUUUAUGUGGACAUCUGGGCCUUGGGGGUGCUUCUCUACUUCAUGGUGACUGGCACCAUGCCAUUUCGGGCAGAGACGGUGGCCAAACUGAAGAAGAGCAUCCUGGAAGGCACCUUCAGCGUGCCUCCGCACGUGUCGGAGCCCUGCCUCCGCCUCAUCCGGGGAGUCCUCCAGCCAGUACCCACGGAGAGGUACGGAAUCGAGUCCAUCAUGAACAAUGAGUGGAUGCAAGGGGUGCCAUACCCCACCCCUUUGGAGCCUUUCCAGCUAGAUCCCAAACAUUUGUCAGAGACCAGCAGCCUCAAAGAAGAAGAAAAUGAGGUCAAAAGCACUUUAGAACACUUGGGCAUUACGGAAGAGCACAUUCGCAAUAACCAAGGGAGAGAUGCCCGAAGCUCCAUCACAGGGGUCUAUCGAAUUAUUCUGCAUAGAGUCCAAAAGAAAAAGGCCUUGGAAAGUGUUCCAAUAAUGAUACUACCAGAUCCUAAAGACAAGGACCUAAAGAAAGGAUCCCGUGUUUAUAGAGGCAUAAGACACACAUCCAAAUUUUGUUCAAUUUUAUAA